AUGACGCAUCAGGAUUCAAAGAAACCCGCUGCCAGCUUUCCUCUGCUUUUCCACUGCAAGGAGGUGCGUGUGUUGGGCGGGAGGAGUGGGCGUGACGCAGCGGUGCACUAUGAAAGGCACGUGCGGGGCCGGAGACACCCAGCAGAACAAACAGACGCAGCUGCGCACACUCCAGUACCAGUGCUUCCUCCUCCUCUUGCUGAAGACAUGUUGCUGCUGAGGACUUCCACCCUUUGGCUUCUGUUGGCCUUCCUCGCGCAGCUCGUCUGUCUGUCCUCCGGGGCUCGUGAUAAAGGACGCGGAGUUUCUCAGAGUGCGGCUGCGCAGAGUGCGGCACCGGCGGCGGGCAGAGCGCAGAGGAGCGGGGCCAAGUCCGGAGGGGCCACCCGGGGCAAGUUCCCCAUCAAGGACGGGAUGCAGUGCACGUGGACGGCCAAAGACGUCGGGGACAGGGUCAAACUGUCGGUUAAAUGCGAGAACCCGCGGGCGCGUGUCGAGGGCGGAGAGACGGACCUGAGCUGUGAGUACUACGCCAAACCCCAGACCUGUCCGGGGUUCCAGUCCGACCCCAAGGCCUUCUGGAAACAGGUGGGCCGCGCGCUCAAGCGACUCCAGCGCAAAGUGUGCCGAGAUGAGCGCGCGCUGGUUAAAGCCGGUAUGUGUAAGCGCGCGCCUCGGGACGCGCACUUCAAACUGGACAUGUUCAGCUCCGUGGUGUCCGCUCAGUCCGGCGAGGAUGUCACUGUCCCACCGACACCCAGGACUUCCGCCUCCUCCACUGCCUCCACGGCGACCACCACCACGCAGGCUCCCACGGGGACCACAACCUGCAAGGGGCGCGCGGACCACCGGAAAACGGCAGAGGAGUACUGCAGCAGCUCGUGGGCCAGCCUGUGCUCCUUCUUCUUGUCCAUGGUGCAAAGUGAGGACUGUUAGCUUCAGGUCCCUGGACGGAGUGUGGACACAGAAAAUAGAAAAUACACAGUUUUAUGUAAACAUAUUUUCGUUUUUUUUUUUUUUUUCGUUUUUUUUUUUU